AUGGAGAUGGACGAUGAUCCAGAUCCCGAGAUUCCGCCAUCAGGGACGCCCACGCAUCCCAUCGAGAUUUCAAGCGGAUCAUAUUUUCAUGGUUCGCCAUAUAGGGGCCCUGAUAUCUGGGCCGAAAGGUGGAGUACAUAUAAGUGGGAGUAUACUCCCCCUCACCACAUCUCACCUCCACAUCAGCGGGCCCCCUCAGAGGACCCACAUUUUCAGGCGGUCACGCCACCGCCACCACCAGCACCAAAGCAGCCACCGCCUGUAGAACCAUCGAAGCGACGAACAACUGCACGGAUCAACUACCCUCCUAUCCAUGAAGACCCACAAUUGGGCGGGCCUUCGAAUGUUGUUUCUGAAGUCGACUCUGCACCAGUCGCACCUGCACCACCCAUGGGUUAUGAAAACCCAAUUCCAUCUUACCCAGAUGUAGCUGGGUACAACCCAUUUGAGCAGCCAGCUUAUUCGGGUUAUAACUACAACAAUGCACCUGCUGUUGAUCCGUACAUUGAGGCAACUAACUUCAAUGCGCUCUACCCCUCUUCCUUUCCACCUGCAUACCCAACUGGGUACCCUGCAUAUGGGUAUCAAUACCCACCACCUCCACAACCACAACCUCAGCACCAGCAGCCGCCGCAGCUGCCACUUCAACAGCCUCAACAACAAGAAAUACUCCAGAGGUUGCAUGAGGUGGAACGAAGGGUAGAAGAAGAGCAUAGAAGUCGUCACGGUCUUCUAAAGGGUUUGGCAAACCUCAUUAAGGGGAAAAAGAAGAAGGAUUAUUAG